AUGAACAAACGACGAAUCAAUCGGGCGGAGCUCGAAAAUUUGCAGCCAGGAGUUGAUGAGCAACAACGAGAAAAGAAGCUCAAACAAGAGCAGUCACAAGCCGAAAUGCGCGAAAAGCAAAAAGAAGUGCUAAGGCUCAUGAUGUGGAAAGAUCAAGAGGCCGUGAGCAUGACCAACUCCUCCCCGGUCACCGCACCGACUUUAGCUGCCAUGGUCCCAUUGCACAUUGGUAUGUUCGGGUUUGGCGACUGGAAAACUAAACAUUGUGAUUCUUACAGAUAUUCCGCAAGUCAAUUCACCACCUGAACACGGUAAGAAAUAGUGUAAGCAUUGGGAUCAUCCACGCCAUUCGAGAUAUCAAAAAGAUGUCACAUCGUCUUGAAUUUUCAUUUCAGUGGGCGCCGCCGCACCUCAAGCGUCAACUCUGUUCGCGAUUGCGAGAGCUCGCAGAGAAGGUAAACGCUUUUUCUUUUUCUCCUAAUGAAACGUCAUGAUCACACGGUCUCCCAGGGCGCUAAUGCUAAACACAGUGCGCUCGUAAAUUGCGGAGUGUCGUUGUAACUUUUGAAAAUUUGCAGAUUUCUAAAAAUGCAGUUCAAUUCGAGUUUACGACCUUUAUUUCUAUCUUUUUGACUUGAAAAACGUCUAGAAAACAAUAUUUUACUGAUUUAGAGUUUUUCAUGUUUUUAAGCGUCUUUUUCGCAUUUCGUCAGAACUUCAAACCUUUAUAUUUCAGCUCAUUUUGCAUUUCAUGAGCCUAACAAACGAUAAAAAUGUUCGCUGAAUCUUUCUACACAAAAUUCAGGUUCCGGCGGUUAGUUUUCUUGAGCAGUUUUCGAAAACAUCAAAAUCCAGGCCAAAACCUUCAAAUCGAAAUAACUCGGCUAAUUCUCAACGAUAUGCAAGAUUUGAAAGAACGCGAACUCCCGUUGAAAAUUAUUUAAUCGGCCGCCGCGUAAAUCGACAUAACCCGCCUGUUGCAAGUGCGCCCCAUUGAAAUCAUUCGCGCCGAGAGGGAGACCGUGAAGCUGACAAUAUGGGCGUGGCGUCGGCGGCCAAAUGGCGUUUUCAUGAAUUGAGCACGUUUUCUCUGAUUUUUGUGGUCAAAGUUGAUGAAAAAUGAUUGUUCGACAUGAAAACACACUAAUUCUUAGAAUUAAUGACGUUUUGGCGCAUUUUUCGCGCUUUUUGCGCUUUCUUGACCGUUUUCCGACAGAAUUGGUUUUGAGAAUGAUAAAUCACGUAAAUACAAGCAUCUUGAGCGCUCGAACCGCGAAAACUACCGAAAAGCAACUGAAAUUCACGCAGUUCUAGCCAAAAACCUUCAAACGAAUAAAUUUGAUCUGCGACUUGACCAAAUUUAACGCUCUAGCGCUUAAAAAAUUCGUAAUAGCCUAUAGAAUCGGUCUAUCGAGAGACAAGUGAGAAAUUAUCGGUUUUUCGCGGCUAAUCUCGCAAAAACACAAAGUUUGCUGUUAAAAUUUGAAUUUCGCGCCAAUGUAUCGCUCUAUUUGGCGGGGCGCACUUUUCGCCUUCGCCUCCUGUAAACCGCACUUCUCAUUUUGCGCUUUCUUGACCGUUUUCCGACAAAAUUGGUUUUGAGAAUGGUAAAUCACGUAAAUACAAGCAUUUUGAGCGCUCGAACCGCGAAAACUACCGAAAAGCAACUGAAAUUCACGCAGUUUUAGCGAAAAACCUUCAAACGGAUAAAUGUGAUUUGCGACUUGACCAAAUUUAACGCUCUUGCGCUUAAAAAAUUCGUAAUAGCCUAUACAAUCGGUCUAUCGAGAGACAAAUGAGAAAUUAACGAUUUUUCGUGGCUAAUCUCGCAGAAAAACACAAAUUUUGCUGUUAAAAUUUGAAUUUCGCGAAAAAAAAGCAUUUUAUUUAAAUAAGCCUGCCCGGCAUUCAAAACUUGACUGAUUUCAGCCCAACGCGAACUGGAAUUCAGAAAUGCUUCGUCGCGAACGAUUGUGCAGCCUCAACGCGAUGCAUCGAGUCACGACGACGACGAAAUCGCGAUCAUCGGAGAGUGUCGGACACGUCACAACUUCUCCGACGAGUUCAUGCGACUCAUGCGUCGGGGUCAUGCGGCCGCGACAAUGCCGACUCCUCUCGUCGCCUCCUUAUUGUCGUUGGUGAGUGGAAAACGUGGUCAUUUUCUACAUAUUUUCUUCACGUUUCAGGAAGUGAUUUUCGAUCCACAGCUGCUGAAACAGGAGGUUCGUAGUGCUCCAGUUGUCCUCGUUCCCACGCCGCAGCUUGGCAAACCGUCGGGCGUUCCCCGCGCUCCAUACUUCCAACCCUCUGAUAUUGUUCCGAUCUUUCCCGACCUUCAAGGAUCGGCUUUCUCGUUUGUUGUCCCCAGAUCCUUUACUUCUCAAACCACCCAUUCCCCGGAUGUUCUCACAAUACGCAACGAGACAGAUCUUAUGCUCGUUCUCGAGCUACUGAUCGCCACUCCGUCUUCGAACGGCGCCAGCAAACAAGAGGCUUUUCUAUGGUGGUGGAUGCUGAAUUCGAACAGAACGAGACAGAAUCGGACAAGUGUGGCCCGGGCUCCGGCUCCAGAUCAACAUGACUAUUCCUCCUUUGCUAUGGCUCCGCCGCCGCUAGCACCACCAAACCGUAACAGAGCUCGAGGAGCUCAGCGCUCGGGCAUGCGUGUGCUCACGUAUCGUGAACCACCCGGUCAGAAUGCUCCACGUCGUCGUCGUCGCGCCACCACCACCACCGCCCGGCGCCAAGCCGGAGAACCGCCGAGACUCCGAAGAGCUCAGUGA